AUGCUUUGGGUAAUCAUUAUCGCCUGUCUGCCAUAUUCAUUUGCUUUAAUCGUAAUUAGUAAUGCAAAGUUCAUCCCGAACAAUAAUUAUACGAUGUUGGAAAGUAUCACCAAUGUUUCAUUCCCGAUGAACUGUAUUUGUUCAUGCUUUAACAAUUCGAAAUGUCUUCUUGUCAUGUUUUCUGGUAUCGCUCAGAGUUGCUUUCUUUUCCUAGCAUCUGUUGAUCAAGGUACUUUAAAGCUGAUAACAACGGAUCAAAUGAGCAGCGUUUUCAUAUUCGUAAACAAAACAUUGCCUGUGCCGUCAACUGUAAUCAGUCGGAAUGCAACUGUUUACGGUAUUUGGAAUACAAGUGCUUCUCAUGAUAGUUAUCCAUCAUCACCUGGUACUAGUACAGGUAAUUAUUUUUCCACUCAAGGUCCAACAACACUAUUUGAUGGCUUUCUUUCCACCAAAUACAUCAAUUACGGCGCUUGCAAUGUCACGCAAGGGGCUAAUCUGACUCAGUGUGGUCAAAAUACAGGGGUGUAUUUCUCUCCACAACACGGUCCUUCGUUGCUAUUAGCCUUUCGACUUGCAACACCGAAUAGUUAUCCAGAACGUGAUCCGUUGGUUGUCACUAUUGAAGGAAGUAACCAUUCUUUUUUGGAACUAACGCUUGGAUCCAGCUGGACGUUAAUCUACAAUGGUUCAUCUGGUCUUGACAUCGAUCCUGGACGAACCAGUUGGGGUGUCACGAUGUUCAUACAAAAUAAUACAAUUUGGUAUUCCAGUUAUCGAUUUCUGAUUGUGUCCAAACGCAGCACAGGCCAAUUUGUUCAAUAUUCUGAACUCGAUUUACUCACCUAUUAA